AUGUCGGCCAUGCCAUCUGCCAAACGAAAAACUCCUUCAACCUAUUCUUGCGAUUCUUCUUCCAGCACGGGGUCUACAAUGGAGAUGUAUUCAGAGGAGUUCAUCGAAAAAGCACGAGCACAACAAGCCCAAGCCGAUCCCGUAUUGGUCGACCUUGAUACACCACCGGAAGACCUCCUGGCAGAUCCUGACUCCAACAGAGGCCGCCGGUUGCGUCUUAUAGAGGAGGCUCGGCGAGACAGGCUACAGCUUGAAGAGCAGCAGAAAGAAGCCGUGCGUAGGGCCACGGAACAGAUUGAGGCGAGUAUGACCACACCUCAGAAGACAAGCAAUCCUGAACAAGGAUCUAAAUCGAAGAGAAGACGUAACCGUGGAAGGGGGAAUCGCAGUGGCCGGGAUGGGAGUGUGGCAGAUCAACAAUCCGCCCUUUCACAACGGGCAGGGUCUCCUGGUGCAAUCCAGGAGGACCCCGGCCUACAAGGAGAGUCACUCCCUUGGGAUGUGCAGCCGGUGCCUGCGUCUUCCAGCUUUAUCGGAGAAAGUCUGCAUCAAACGGCCAGCGGGAUAGGUCGACAGUCGCGCAACCCGUUUGCACGAUUGAUGGUUCGGGAGUAUCAGGGAUUGACCAACUCACCCGGAGGCGGCUUGCAACCUGGAGCCUUGUAUGGUCCGAACCUACAAGAACCCUCUUUCCAGCCGAGAGCUGAACCACACAAUGUCGAGACAGAACAGGCGUCGUUGCCGUCGAGAUGGCCUCUGGCUCGCGGAGUUUUUGGUCGUCGCCACUCAUCCGCAACUGGCACGGCUUCGGAUGACCAGACUUGCUUCUCACGGCCUUCCUCUUUGGUACCUCAUUCUCUUCCUGCUUCACGGGCUCCUGACGCAGGAUCCACAAACACCAUCGUACAAGACAACGAGGAUAUCCUCAGGCGAGGGCCACCAUUCUUCGGACCUACGCGGGCUGCCGAGGCGGAACAUCUAUCACAAGCACAGCACACGCGCAAUGACUGGAAUUUGCAACAAGAGAUAGCUUGGGAACGAGACGCACUCUGGAGAAUUUUGAGGCAGCAAUUUGGCCUCAGCGAUUCGCAAAUUCGAGCAUUGUUGGAAAACGAAAAGAAUGGGCGGGGCGAUCCGGAGUGGGUUUCUGUAGUUUCCUCAAGGUAG